AUGGCGAAGCGAGACCGCUACCGUGACCGCAUCAAACUAACUCAGAGCACUGCCGGUGCCACGAAGAAGACCAAGCCCGCCAUCGACAAGGUCAAGAAGAAACGGCUCGGCUUCCUCGAUCUACCGGGUGAGAUCCGCAACAUGAUCUACGCCUACUGCUUCGAAGACGAAGUCCAGGUCAACAUGACGCCGAACGCGCAUCACACCCUCGAAGAAAAGAAAGUCCAGCCACGCACCUGGGCGUCUGCCCCCGCGCGAUACGAAAGGCCCAAGCUCGCCAACGACAAUGUGAGCAACAACCAAGGCAGCAACGCCAACCGCACUGCCGCCGUGAACAACAGCGCCCCGCUGCAGCUCACCAUCAUCGACAGAGGAACCGCGGUCCUCUCCAUCCUUGCCGCUGGCAACCCUCGCCCUCCAACACAUCCGGAACCCCGCUCUAUCAAGUACAAGCCCUACCGUCGCAGGCACAACGCUUCCCCCGCCAACCCAUCUGAACAACCACCUGCAACCAAAUGGCCUACUUCCGUCGGCGCCCUCGUCCUCACCAACCGGCAGAUCCACUCCGAGGCGCUGCCCUUCUUCUAUGCGACGCCCCUGUUCACCUUCGAGACGACAAACGCCCUGCUACGCUUCCUGGCGCUGCUGCCGCCGCACAAGUUCGCCUACAUACGCAAGCUGCAAAUCGCGCACACGACAUAUGGCGACCCGGUCAACCCGCGCGACGACAUGUGGAAGGCGCGGCACGAGCGCGCGUGGGCGCGGGCAAUGGGCGAGACGGCGCGGCUGCUGACUGGCCUGCAGCUGCUCCGGUGCCGGGUCGUGGCCAACGAGCGGCCGCUGGUCUUCGGGCUGGGCGUCGGCUGGGCCCAGGCGCUGACCAAGGCGUGGAGCGCGGCGUGUCAGCGGACGAUGACGCCCGAGGAGACGAGGAAGAAGGGAGGUCUGGAGCCGCUGCGGGUGGAGAUCGCGGUGCAGAGCGCGUGGGUGGUCAAGGGCGCGGACAUGCCGAAUGGGCACCUGAGGCGCGCGCUGGUCGAGCUGCACAGGCUGUUCGCCGAGGCUGUGAGGAGGCGGCUGUAUGGCUGGAGCGAGGAGGAUGCCAUGGUGGAAUACAACCUGGUCAAGUUUGAUAAGUACAAGAGGCUGUCGGGGAGGUACCCAAUGCCUUGA